UCUACAUAUCGUGUAUAUUAUGUAAGUACACGGGUUUGGCAGAUAAGCUUCGUCAAGAGAUGGUACCUGCUAGUAGCUUAAAUGGAUCGCCAACGUUCGUGAGAAAGCUAUUGAACUCUUGAAGUAUUCCGGACGAUACGAUAGUCGUAGGGCGUGAAGUGUCUAUUUAAGAGAUUGCUGUUACAUGCAUUGAUACUGGAUCCACGAAUUACCAUUCGGUUGACUAAGAAUGUUCGUCUUACACUGGGAGAUACAGCAAAGUCCACGACCUUGCAGCCUGAUUAGCUAGUGCAAUUAUCGUGUUUAUUUUCGCCCAGACUCUCGACCCAGAGAUGCGGUUCGGGGUCAUUCUUCGUCACUAAUAUCAGACGCCCCACAGUUUGUAGCAGUGUAGUCCACUCGACAUAAGGAUCCGAUUUUCAUACAUGAUCUUUUCGUCUGUUUCCUUCCAUGUGUGUAGAAAUAUCCGACUGCGGGCAUGCAUCUAUAUGUGUAAGUGCGUCUGUGAACUGAUGACACGAAGCGCCAGUUCGAUCGUCAUCUGUGAUUGCCCCAUACCGUUGCGACGCAAUCGCAUCUGUUCCUACUGCUACCGUCGAUAGAUACAACUAUUUCCAAAUGUACCAGGAAUUCAUCUGAAUUUCACAUGUCGUUUCCUCAGAUCGGCCGGCUGCUACUGCUGGAAAUGACACAAUUUCUAUAAUUUUUAAUUCGUUCUGUUUUUUGAGUGGGAGCUAACAAAAUAGACAGAAACAGAAACAGCAAAAAAAUACAAAUCAGCAGACACACUUGACUGAUUGAAAAGCACAGUGAGUGACCGAUCGACUUCGCCAAUUCUCUAUCAGAUGCUCGUUAGAAAAUUGCGCACCCGCCAGCGCAAUUAAAGACAUCGUGUUGCCGUAAGGAAGCGCGAGAUCAUUCGCGUAGCCCUAUAGAAUAGCAGAAGCUGGAAGAGUAACCGGGAAACGCUGCCGAAAUGAGAGAGGCUUGCAGAAGUGUUGAGGCUUAUACGCAUAAGUAGAAAAGAAGUAACCUUCUUCUGUACUUAACGACUCAACGAUCGAGCGGCAAGCAAACGAACGCUAGUGAUCUUCUCUUGAGAUAGGUGCAGUGAAGCUUUCUCUUGCUAAGUACUUAGAUACAGAUAAUAGUCUAGGUGAUACUGUGCACUAACGGUUUGGACCAUUUUAUGAUGUAGAUCAACUUGGCAUAUAAUAAUAUGAACCUACUCAAUGAAGAGUACUUACAAUAGACAAUAAUAGAAGAGAUUUGUGAAGAAAAUAGAAGACAGUGUUAACGGUGACUGGAAUAGCAGAAAAGGUCAUUCGAUCCGGUAUCAAUAAAAGGAUUGAUUGCCCGUUCUUCCAGCAAAGCAGAUAGAUUGGCAUACAAAAUGCACGGACCUGUAUCGACAACUCAGCACAUCGCUGGUGAAACCAAAGGAGCUACUCCACAAACUACGGUUUAUCUCUAUAUGGCCGCAUUGUUAUCGGCUAUUGGAGGAUUCCUAUUUGGCUAUGAUACCGGGGUUGUAUCCGGAGCGCUUUUACAGUUACGAACAUACUUCGACUUGAAUAUAGAAUGGCAAGAAGUGGUUGUCUCGAUCACGAUAGCUGGGGCCUGGAUCUGUGCCGUCCUCGCUGGUAAACUCAAUGAUUGGCUAGGCCGUAAGCCAACAGUUCUCAUCGCCUCGUGCCUGUUUUCGGUAGGCUCAAUUCUGAUGGCUGCCUCAUCGGACAAAUGGACGCUCUGCGUUGGUCGUUUGAUUGUCGGUUUCGGAGUGGGCCUUUCAUCAAUGACGACGCCAAUGUACAUUGCGGAAGUAUCUCCAACAGAGUAUCGUGGAAAGCUGGUGACCGUCAAUCAGUUGUUCAUUACAGCCGGCCAAUUCAUUGCUUCAGUCGUCGAUGGAGUAUUUGCCGCUGACGAACGCAACGGAUGGAGGUUCAUGCUGGGUUUAGCAGCUAUACCCGCACUGAUUCAAGGUGUCUGCUUUCUUUUCAUGCCUGAAUCUCCUCGCUGGCUAUGUGGAAAAAGUAAAGAUCAACAGGCGCAUGAAGUUUUACGCAAACUCCGCGGCAAGAACGUCAACAUUGACGCCGAACUCCGCGACAUCAAGAUGAGUGCCAACGAACUCGAAACUACAGGAAGCGGCUUCAUUUUGGGUAAGGUAUGGGCAGACGCAUUUUUACGAAAACGUUUCAUUGUCGGCGUCAUGCUAAUGGUAUUCCAGCAAAUCAUCGCCAUAAACACGGUAAUGUACUAUUCGGCGACAAUCAUCGAAAUGUCUGGAUUUCGAGAUAAACGCAUCGCCAUUUGGCUGUCGGCGGGUGUAGCCUUCUUCAAUUUCGCCUUCUCUACUGUGGGCGUCUACCUUGUCGAACGUGUAGGUAGACGUAUCCUGACACUGUCAUCUCUUGCCGGUGUGGCGUUGUCUUUGGCUGUUCUGUCUGGCGGGUUCUGGAUAGGCGGUUCGCAUUCAUCUGCGGUCACUGUGCCAAAAGAUUUGGCCGGACCCUGUGCUUCCUAUGACUUCUGCAAGCCAUGCCUUGAUGAUCACCGAUGUCUAUUCGUCAGCAAUCCGGCAGGGGAUGCAGGUACGUGUUUGCCGAAGAUCGAGGCAAACGCGAAUCGAAGUGUCUAUCCUCCGGACUGGAUUCCUGAGGACAGAAUAUGUCCCGUGGCGGGAAAUUUGGGUUGGAUCACUUUCGCAGGCCUUGCUUUAUAUCUCAUUUCCUUUGCGCCAGGCAUGGGCCCAAUGCCAUGGACCGUGAACAGCGAACUAUUCCCGCUGUGGUGCCGCUCUACGUGUUUUUCAAUAGCAACAGCGUUCAAUUGGUUAUUUAAUCUUGUUAUCUCGUUGACGUUCCUCACCCUGGCUGAGGCCCUCACCCAACACGGCGUGUUCUUCAUGUAUAUGUGCUUCACGAUUAGUGGCUUCAUCUUUUUCUACUACCUUCAACCGGAAACGAAGGGCUUGUCCCUGGAAGAUGUCGGCAGGAAGGCUAUCACACCAGUACACUGAGUAUGAUCUGCUACAAUGCACUAAAACGGCGCUAUGAAAAAUGGAAAAUUUUUCCAACACGGCUUUAAAUCUUCACUAAGAUUUCGCGAAAUAGAAUGAUCAACACCUCUUUGAAUGGUUUUCUCUAUUUUUUAGUGAAACGCAGACCAGAGCUGGACGGAGUUGCUUAGCUCUUCUUUUCACUUUACCUUCGUCUGGUAUAUAUAUAUAUAUAUAUAUAUAUUCUGAUAAUAUCUGUAUUACAGCGGAUGUAUAUACUCUAACGCUACUUUAUUCUAGCUCUUCAUUUAUAAAGCUUACUUUCUUUCCAAAUAACGGAAAGAUUAUAUGACAACAUACAGUAUUUUUUUUGUGCACAGCGGUACUAAAUCACAUGAGACGAGGGGAUCAGACGUGGUUUGUUUGCCUUUUGAUUUGCCGAAGGUUAAAUGAAACUAAUACCAAAAUAAGGUUUCGAUAAAUUGGGCUGCGUUUAGUACUAUACAAGACGUAACAGAGCAAGCGUCGCUGCAACUUAACGGAAUUAUGACUUUUGGACGUCUUGUCCUACACUUUUGAGACCUGUUAACGUACAUUCUUACUUAUCUAUGGCGAUAAGAGACCAACUGAUCGAGCUCGCAUGCUCUCACCGGCAGUUGGAAAGAUACUACUAGACCUGACGAGACUGCAAAGGAAAGUAAAAAGACUGUACGGCCAGGGCGCGUCCUUGCUUAGAUAGGGACUACAUAUCUGUAUUUGCUUAGAUCAAACAGUAAUCUAUGACCAUUCUAUUUACGCCGAGGUACGCAUUCCGCUCGGCCAUGCAACAACGCUUAAUAAUUUCAGUGAAUGAUGAUGACUUUAAGCCUCGUGGGCAAAUCUUUGAGGAAGCUGCUCUUUUACUAACUUUUGAUAAGGAGAAGUGUUAAUCUAUACUUCUCCGUUUCUCUAGUACCCGAAACGUGACAGAAGCAUCUAAUUGUAAUUGUUCCAAAAAAAAGUACACUUACGGUGUUGCAAUCAAUAACUUGAUCUCAAGAUUGCCGUGAAAUUUUCAAGUGAUUGCAUCUCUUAACAGAGUUAAUAGUGAUAUGAUGCUAUGGUU